AAAAUUGAGCUCAAUAGCUCGAAUAGUUUCCGAGCAAUUAAAUCUUGAAAUUAAUUUUCCAGGUGGAGAUGGAACGUACCACUUCAAGUUGCUGGUACCCAGCGUCGCCGCAGGGGCGAUAAUCGGCAAGGGCGGCGAAACCAUAGCCCAACUACAAAAGGAAACCGGCGCCCGAGUGAAAAUGUCCAAAUCGCACGAUUUCUAUCCAGGUACAACUGAACGGAUUUGCUUGAUAUCGGGAAACGUUGAUGCUAUUAUGGUUGUUUUGGACUUUAUUAUGGAUAAAAUUAGGGAAAAACCGGACAUGACUAAGCCGAUUAUUGAGGCGGGCGAUAGUAAAUUGACCCAGGAACGAGACAAACAAGUUAAAAUUUUGGUUCCAAAUAGUACCGCAGGUAUGAUUAUAGGCAAGGCGGGCAACUAUAUUAAGCUGAUUAAGGAAAACAGUGGGUCGUAUGUGCAAAUAUCGCAAAAGGCCAAAGAUGUUAGUUUGCAAGAGCGUUGCAUCACUGUGAUUGGCAAAGUGGUCGAAGACCCGCAAAGCGGCACCUGCCUGAACGUCUCCUACGCUGACGUCAGCGGCCCGGUAGCCAACUACAACCCGACCGGAUCGCCGUUUGCGCAGCAACCGGGCGCAGCCCCUUUUGGUCCUACAACUGCCACAAUUAGUCAACAAGGCUUAGUACUAAAUGGCGCAGGCGCCGCCAGUCUGAGCCUCAACUUAACAGCACCUGGUCAAAGCAUUGGCGGUUUUACUGCGCAGCUUUUGGACCAUAUUAAGAUUCAACUGCGCAGCUCUGGUUUAACUGAGGCGCAUAUUGCUGAAAUCAGCGCCGCCUUAACCGUACUUGCAAAGUAUGGUAUUUUAGGAGUGGGGUUGGGUAUUCAGGGGGCGCACCACGCAGGCGCUAUGCCUGUUUCCAGUUACUUGAGCGUAAUGGAGCAAGCGGGCGCUGCUGGUACUUUUGGCGCUGUUGGCCAAAUAAGUUUAGGAGAAUGUUUAGGUGCCAACUCCCCCACUCCUCGUUCGAGUCUGGAACGGUACGAGUCGGCGUUUGAUCCGUUCCGGCACCAGGUGUCGACGUCAGCGGCAACUGCGCCAAUUUCGCUCAAUAAUAACAGUUUCGGUUUGGGCACCAACCAUCAUCAGUGGCUCCAUCUAUGCGCCAACCUUCAACUUAACAAAACAGCUGUCCUCGACAACGUCAGACUCAGAUGUUGCGCACUCAAAUUAUCAAAAGUACAACACAUAAUAUUAACAGACAAAAAAAAAAAAAAGAAUUAUUUUCCUUUAAAUAUGAGUGAAUUAAGGCAACGCAAAACAUUGCACAUUGAGGCCCAACAACAAGAUUCUGAUCCUAUAGAGGAAGGACCUCAUGCUGUUCCAAUAAUAGUAGCAGGCCCAGACCACUCUUUCCAGUUGGACGAAGACGCUCUUAAAAAAGUGCUUUUGCGAGACGAAAUCAAAGACCGUUACGUAGUGGUAAUUUCGGUUGCUGGUGCUUUUAGGCAUGGGAAAUCUUUUCUGCUAGACUUUUUUCUGAGAUAUAUGAAUUCAAAAUAUGUCCAUAAGCAAAACAGUUCUGAGUGGAUGGGCUCAGAUCAGGCACCGCUAGACGGAUUUUCGUGGCGCGGAGGCUCAGAACGUGACACCACAGGCAUUUUAAUGUGGUCUGAAGUAUUUCUAACCGAACUGGCAACAGGCGAAAAGGUUGCCAUUUUACUACUAGACACUCAAGGCACUUGGGAUAGUAAAAGCACUGUAAAAGAGUGCGCAACCAUUUUUGCUCUGAGCACAAUGAUAAGUUCAGUGCAAAUUUACAAUCUGUCAACCAAUAUUCAGGAGGAUGAUUUGCAACAUUUACAAUUAUUUACUGAAUAUGGCCGUUUAGCAUUGGCAGAUUCUGGUAAAACUCCUUUUCAGCGUUUGCAAUUUCUGGUGCGUGACUGGAGGUUUCCUUAUGAGGCAAAUUACGGUGCAGUUGGUGGCUCGCAAAUUCUUGAAAAACGCCUGGAAGUCAAUGACCAUCAACACUCAGAAUUGCAAUCACUACGUAAACACAUUCGCUCAUGUUUUUCAGAAAUUGCUUGCUUUCUAAUGCCUCAUCCAGGCAUUAGAGUGGCCACAAGUCCCACUUUUGACGGUCGCCUAGCGGAAAUCGACCAAGAAUUCAAAGACAAUCUAAAAGUCUUAGUCCCAAUGAUUUUAAGCCCUGAAAAUUUAGUCUUAAAAAAAAUCAAUGGGGAAAAAGUCAAGGUGCGUGACUUUGUACAGUAUUGCAAGUCUUAUAUGCAAAUUUAUGAAGGUAAUGAGCUUCCUGAGCCUAAAUCUAUGCUUGUUGCCACUGCUGAAGCUAAUAAUCUUGCCGCUGUGGCGGAUGCGAAAGAUGUUUAUGUCCAGCUAAUGGAGGAUGUUUGCGGUGGAGCCAAGCCUUAUUUGAAAACAGAAACUAUGGAGGUUGAGCAUAAAAGGGUCAAGGAUAAAGCGAUUGAGCAGUUUGAGAAAAAGAAGAAGAUGGGAGGAGACGAGUUCAGUGCUGUGUACAAGGAACAAUUAGAAAAGGACAUUGAAGACACCUUCUUCCAAUUCAAGUCCCACAACGAAAGCAAAAACAUCUUCAAAUCGGCCAGAACUCCGGCCGUCUUUUUCGCUCUCGCCAUCGCCUUCUACAUAACUUCCGGCCUGUUCGGCCUAUUCGGGCUCUAUUCUCUGGCCAACACCUGCAACUUAGGCAUGGCCUUGGCCUUCUUGACACUAGUCACAUGGGCCUACAUCAGAUACAGCGGCGAAAUGCGCGAACUCGGCCUGGCCAUCGACGAAUCGGCCAAUUUUAUAUGGGAAAAUGUAAGUAAAUGUCUCGAAAAAAAACAAAAAAUAAAAACUAAUAAAUAACCUCCUUUUUCAAUUUAGCGCUCCUAUUUUAAAAAACGAAAACUAAGGAAACAAAGUAUGUUUAUUUACAUUAUUUUGUCCCACUGUAUUGUGUGUGUAAAAAACUUAUUUCUAACCUCAAAAAUUUUUUUGUUUAGUUAAUGAAAACAGCGGUCCAAGGGUACGUAGAGUCAGGUAUACAGCAAAUGGCUGUAGAAGUAGCUGAACGGACAGCUGUCAACGCCACUAGGACAGUUUUGAACAACGGCCAUUUGUCUACGUGAUUCCCCUAUAGAAAAUUUUGCAUUUAUUUUUUUUGUUGAGGUUAUGUUGAGGCUUUUUAUUUAUAUUUUAUGUUUUAUAUACAAAGUAGGCUUAGGAGGAGGGGUUGUUUCUUCUUUUUUUUUUUUAUGUAUUAGGUGAGGAAGUGUGUGCCAAAUUUUAUUCGCAAUAAAUUAAUUAUUAAUUAUCCACCUAAGUGCCUAAUUCUAAUUAGUUAAUUAAUAUUGUAAAUAGACAUUUCCCAGGCUCUCUUUUGUCUUUUUAAUAGUUUAUGAUGUUCUAGAAUGUUCCCCAGUGAAUUUGUAAAUAAUUUUUUCCGGUAAUUGGUAAUUAUUAAUAAAAGCUAAUUUAAAUUA